AUGUUCGCCCUCACGCCCUUCCGCACGCAGGCGACCGCCGCGGCGCAGGCGUCGCCGCGCACCUUCUCGCGGCAGGACAGCCUGCCGCGCCUGCCCGUGCCCGCGCUCGAGGACUCGCUGCCGCGCUACCUGCGCAGCCUCGAGCCCAUCCUGCGCCAGAAGGAGGCGCGCGGCGAGCUGCCGAUGGGCAGCAGUGCGCAGGCCGAGCUGCAGAAGCGCCAGCAGUGGAUCGAGCAGGCGCUCGCGCCGGGCAGCCUGACGCAGCGCCUGCAGACGCGCCUGCAGGACGUCGACCGCACCACGCCCACCAACUGGCUCGACGACCGCUUCUGGCUGCAGAAGGCCUACCACGAGUGGCGCGUGCCGCUGCUCGUCAACUCCAACUGGUGGCUCAUGUUCCGCGCCGAGCGCGGCACGCCCGCCGGCGCCAUUGAGUUUGGCGAUGUGCAGCCUGAGGUGCGCGGCGAUGGGCGCAUCAGCCUCGACGCCGCCGAGGCCAUGGGCGCCAAUGACUGGAGCGACGCCAAAUGGGGCGUGCGCCGCGCCACGUGGGUCGUGAGCCGCCUGCUCGAGUUCAAGCGCCGCCUCGACCGCGAGGAGAUCAUGCCCGACGCCUCGCGCACGUCGGCCUUCUGCAUGCACCAGUACACGCGGCUCUUCGGCGUGACGCGCAUUCCUGCCCUGCCGCACGACUGGAACACGAACGCGCCGCACCCGCCGCGCGCCACGCACAUCAGUGUCAUGGCGCGCAACAACGUAUAUGCGCUCGAGGUGCUCGUCGAGCCGCUCGGCGAGACGCUGCCGCUCGCGGCCAUCGAGAAGGGCCUCUGGCAGAUCAUCGAGGACGCCAAGAAGGCCGACGGCAAGGCCGUCGGCGUGCUGGGCUCGCAGGACCGCGACAGCUGGGCAAAGGACCGCGAGCACCUGCUGUCCAUCUCGCCAAAGAACGUCGACGCUGUGCGCUCGCUCGAAGACUCGCUCUUCUGCCUCUCGCUCGACUCGGACGUGCUCCCCGUGCCAACGAGCUCGCCGCAAUCGCUCUCGUCCGCCACGCCCUCGUCGGUGCACGUCCACGCGCGCAACGUCUCGGGCGCCGGACGCGGCGGCCACAACCGCUGGUUCGACAAGGCGCUCACUGUCGUCAUGGAGCCCAACGGCCGCGGCGGCAUCAACGGCGAGCACUCGCCGUGCGACGCGCUGAUCCCCUCGAUCGUCAUUGACUUUGCCCUGGCGGAGCCGGCGCCGAAGCCCGACGAGCCUUUCCCGGGCCACAUCAGCGGCAACGGCGACGCGGCGACGCCGUGGCGCAAGCUCGAGUGGCACGCCGACGAGCAGAUCGAGGCAUCCAUUACGCGCGCGCAGCAGGCGGCAAAGGAGCUGUGCGACAACUCGGACAUGGGCAUGCUCUGGUUCGACGAGUACGGCGCCGAGUGGAUCAAGAAGGUCGGCAAGCAGAGCCCCGACGCGUACCUGCAGAUGGCGCUGCAGCUCGCCUUUGCCACGGCCACGGGCAAGCAGACGGCCACGUACGAGACGGCCUCGACGCGUAGCUUCAAGCACGGCCGCACCGACGUGAUCCGCAGCUUCAGCAACGAGGCGUACGACUUUGUGCAGGCCGUGCGCGAGAAGAAGCCCGCCGAGGAGGUGUACCGCAAGCUCUCGGCGGCCACAAAGGCGCACAACGACGCCACGCGCGCCUCGUCGACGGGCCGCGGCUUUGACCGCCACCUGACGGGCCUGCGCCUCGUCUACGACGCCGCCGUGGACGGUGCGCCUGAGGAGGCGGCGCGCAACGGCGCGCAGCUGCUGCUCGGCGAUGAGCUGCUUGCCGAGAGCCAGACAUGGCUGCUGAGCACCAGCGGCCUGAGCGCCGGCGACCGCUUCUCCGGCACCGGCUUCGGCUCCGGCUACGAGGAGGGCCUCGGCACCAACUACCUCGCCGGCGCCUCGCUGCUCAAGUUCGGCCUCGAGGCCAAGCGCUCGGCGCCAUGGAGCAGCACGCCGCUCGCCGACUUCUCCGCGGCGCUCGUCGACGCGCUGCGCACGAUGCGCAAGGCGUGCGAGCAGGGCGCGCCGAGCGAGCCGCCGGCCAAGGAGCGCCUGUGA